UGUUGAAAAGCAAUAAUAUUUAAUUACUGUUACCAGUAGAAAAACUAAUUAGAAACAUUAAAAAGUCAUUACGUACCUAAUGACACUAAUGACUAUUAUGACUAUACCAUACCUAUAUAUUUUUGUUUACAUUUUAAAUAAUAUCUGCGAGCGGAGUUGAAUGACACAUGGCGGUGUGCGGGUGUGUUAACCUGUUCCAUUUAUUAUUGAUUUCUAACACCGAUUUACUUUUGGAAAAAUGACAAAAAUUAUUGAACUUCGUCCAAAUAAAUGUCUACUUAAUACCAAUUUUGAGAAAUAUCAAUUUUGUACCGAAAAUAUUCCAAUAGAAAUCGAAAAAAAAUUAGUUAAUGAGGUAUUCCACUUGGAAGUGAACACAUCGCGAGAAUCAUGGCUUGAAGCAAGAUUAUUUGCCCUUCACAAUCAUCUUUUUGUGAAUCCUUUCGAUUCGUCCUGUUGGUUUGUCGACAACACUGGAAUUGUUUGGCAAUUUAUCGAUGGAAAUCUAAAAAAAAUUCACACCCUAAAAUCAGUGGACAAUUCACAGAUUUGCACCAAAUACAAUCCCUCCAUUGGUUUCACCAGCGAAAACAUCACAGUCAUUUCUAACGGUAGCAAGAAUUUAGAAAUUUUACUAGAAAACGCCAAAUCCGAAAGGGAAUUUUUCCUCUUCGAAGACAUUGAAUCGGGAAUCAUUCUCGACGUUCAGAAAGUGAAGGAAAGUCCUCACAUAAUUAUCAGUAUUUACAGCAUUAUCGAGGUGGAAGGAAAAGUAAAUUCUCGCAUAACUUUAUUGACGUAUUCCUAUCAAAAAGGCGAACCAUCCACAUUAUUACUUCACAGGACGCAAAUUUUAAAAGUCAAGGGAACUGUCGAUUAUUUCUAUAUUGAGAAUAAUGGUAAUUAUUUUCAUACAGCGAGUCAAGAUCCAGUUGUUUUUGAACACGAUUCAUUGAAACCAAUAAAAGAGACUGUUAAUUCUGAUGGUGUGGGUAUUAAAAUACCGAAAUAUUGCUGGUCCCAGAAUGACGAUUCGGUGACAGUUUGGUUGAAAGUGCCGGAAAAAUGUAACAAUUCUCCAGCUGAAAUUGACGUUAAACCGAUGCAAAUUUCCGUUUCGAUGAAGGACAUUGUCUUGAUUCAGGGCGAAACUCAGCAUAAAUUGGAAUCGAGCUUGACAACGUGGAAAAUUAAAGACGACACUUUAGAAAUUGAAUUUGUCAAGUCCGAGUCUGGAUUAAUGUGGAAUGAAUUGAUAAAAGGAGAUACCGGUGGAGAAUUUUUGCCGAAUGAAGGUUUGGCAGCUGAAAUUCAUUCCAGAUUAGCUCAUUUGUGUUCCGAACAACCGGAGAGAGUAGAACAGCCGGCUUUGGGUUUCAAUUCGGAGCAAUUGGAGGAAUGCGAUUUGGAAGGUCGGGAAAAUAUUCUCCAACGUGUAAAUAUGAACAGUCACAGUACAACGAAUUUGUCAAUGCUUGGAAGCAGCAAUUGCAUUCUUUACACACAGAAAAUAAAAUCCGGUCAGAUGCUUUGUUUUAGGCACGAUCACGACGGUUGUAUUUGGACCACGAAAGAAAGCGACGAUGAAAAUUGGAAUUUAGAACACAUUUGGACAUUUCCCGCACUCGGUUAUGUCGAGGCGAGCAAAACGAAUAAAAAAUUCUGCAUAUCUCCAUCUGAACUAUCGGACACUUCUUUCGUAGCGAUCGUCGAACACACAAGGCACGUGUUCAUUUACCAAAAACCAGAAAACAAUGACGUUGUCGGAAAACAAUUUAUCGUCGAUUUUGGAAAUAAAACUAUUUUAGGCGCCGCUUGGAUAAAUAAAUAUUUGAUAGUAUUAACAAAAGAUGUAUUAUACUGUCUUCGAAUUUAUUCAGAAUAAUAGUAAUAAGUACAUAUAAAGAUAUGAUUUAUUUCUAUGUACAGAAAACUUGAAAUUAUUUUCUAUUCUUAAUAUGUAUAUAUAUAAUCAAUAGAGAAUACUAUUAAAAUUAAA